GUAGCUCUUCUCCCGCAAAAGUUCCCUCACCCGGCGCUGCUCGCUCUUUAGGACCCCAGGGAGCACAAGGGCCGCUCUCUGGGAGGCGGGCACUGUCUGGGGUGACAGCGCGGGAGCGGGGCUAUGCACUUGGGCGGGCUGAGCGCGGGCCCCUGCUGGCGUGCGGCGCGUGCCGGCUGCGGAGAGCUAAGCGCUUGGUCCCGGCGCUAUGCUGUGGGACGCCUCUGCCGGCCGCCUGGCACCACUUGCCCCCAGCAGAGCCGCGGGCUGGGGCACGGCCCCUCGACGGGAGGCAGCCCCCGGCUGAGGACCGGGGUGGCGGCGGGGCUAGCGGGGCUGGCAGGUCUGGCCGCUGCCGCCUUCGGGCAGGUGGAGCGUGCGGAGAUGGUGCGCAAGAGCUCGGGGACGCCAAGCACCUUGCCCGGGAAGCCGGAGGAAGACGACGACGAACUCGCCCGCCGCUGCAGCUGCUUCAUGGCCCCGCCUGUGACUGACCUGAGCGAGCUGCGGACUAGGCCGGAGGACAUGAAAACCAAGAUGGAGCUGUUGAUACUGGAGACCCAGGCCCAGGUGUGCCAGGCGUUGGCACAGGUGGAUGGGGGUGCCCGCUUCUCUGUGGAUCGGUGGGAGAGGAAAGAAGGAGGUGGUGGCAUCAGCUGUGUACUUCAAGACGGGCAUGUUUUUGAAAAGGCUGGGGUGAGCAUUUCUGUCGUUCAUGGAAAUCUUUCUGAGGAAGCAGCAAAACAAAUGAGAAGCAGAGGAAAAAUGCUGAAGACAAAAGAUGGUAAACUACCAUUUUCUGCUAUGGGUGUGAGCUCUGUUAUCCACCCCAAGAAUCCUCAUGCUCCUACUAUCCAUUUCAACUACAGAUACUUUGAAAUUGAAGAAGCCGAUGGUAACAAGCAGUGGUGGUUUGGUGGUGGAUGUGAUCUUACCCCAACAUACUUGAACCAAGAGGAUGCAGUCCAUUUUCAUAGGACUCUAAAGGAGGCUUGUGACCAGCAUGGUCCAGAUCUCUACCCCAAAUAUAAAAAAUGGUGCGAUGAUUACUUUUUUAUAGCCCACCGUGGGGAGCGGAGAGGCAUUGGUGGUAUCUUUUUUGAUGACCUUGACUCUCCAUCCAAGGAGGAGGUAUUCCGAUUUGUGCAGAGCUGUACCCAGGCCAUCAUUCCUUCUUAUAUUCCCCUUGUGAAAAAGCACUGUAAUGACUCCUUCACCCCCCAGGAGAAGUUGUGGCAGCAGCUCCGGAGAGGACGGUAUGUAGAAUUUAACCUGCUGUAUGAUCGAGGUACAAAGUUUGGCCUCUUCACUCCAGGAUCCAGAAUUGAAAGCAUCUUGAUGUCUUUACCUUUAACUGCCCGAUGGGAGUACAUGCAUUCACCCUCAGAGAACUCCAAAGAAGCUGAAAUUCUGGAAGUUCUGCGCCAUCCGAGGGACUGGGUGCAUUGAUGCAGGCAGAGCAGCCUUCCUGGGGUUUGGGGACACACAGUGUGUACUCCCACUCCACUGACAGGCACCACCACCACCACUGUGUGGCACGUAGUAGUUUCCUGUGUCUUAGAGCGCCGGUCUUCUCCACCCUGGAGUCUGCCUCUUUGACAGGUGGUGAAAUGUAAUUUAAGCAUCACAAGGUUCUCUUGGUUGCUGUUGGUGAUGGGUUGGUGAGAUGACAGCUGUCACAAUGAAUUGGUUGAUAUAAAAAACUCAUUUAUACCUUUGGAAUCAUUUUAUAUGACUAGUUUACAAACAAUGACAUAGAGUGUACAAGAAUUGGUCAAGGGGAUCUAAAUACUACAGUUUGUAUAGGAAACGUCUUAUGUUAUUUUUGUUUCAUAUAUGUUUUAAAGGUUUAGUUUCUGCCACAUAAAUCUGUUGUGGAAUAAAUUUUAUUUUCCUUAAUUCAGUGAGACUUACUAGUAAUUUUAGAAUGCAACUGGAGAUGAAGGUAAAAACUUCACUUUGUCAUUACUGAAGUUUUCUUCAGUCAUUGAUCAUAAUUUUUAUACCUUUAUCUAGAGAUUGUAAUAUUAUAAAAUAUUCAUCUUUAUAACGAUAGAUAUUUAGAAACACUUGAAAUGUUCUUAAUCUCUGUGUUACAAUGGAAUGAUUACCUGUAGUUGUUAACUCUAAAGUGACAUCACUGUUAUUUAAACAAGAGACAUUAAGUUGUAAUGUUUAGGAACUACAAUUUGUUGAUGUUGGGGUUCUCUGUACCUUUGAAUGUGAAAGCUUAUAACCUUGGAUUCUGAUUUGUAAAGAUUUCUGUUCCAGACAUUUCUAUAUGGAGGUGUAGACUAAGAACAAUCCUGGGGAUGUGAAUUUAGAAAUGCUUCUCGUUAGGGAAAUGAGAAAUGUUUACUUCUUUAAUUAAAGCAGACAUGAGUAUGAGAAGCACAUAGGCAUUUUACAAAUAUAUUUCUUUGGAGAUGGACUAAUUGAAAUUGUCCUUUUUAAUAGAGAUUCUAUAACUCUUAUUUUUGCUCUCGAGAAAAUCACAACAAAGUUCUUAAUAAGACUUCUUUGUUCAUGUAGUAAUAUGAAUGUAUUUUAUUCAUACUAUAAUGAAGUUUGUAAGGAAUAGAAAAUCUUCCUACCUGUUAUUAAGCAUUAUUUUGGAAUAUGUUGAAUAUAUGAUUGUAUGGGAUUCUAGGGCUAGAAAAUGUAUGAAUUCUUCAGCUGUCUUACGAGAUGCGCUCAUAAAUUUUAUUAUGAAAUAUCACUAAGAAAUGUUUCUAUUUUUCAUUUUUUUGCAGGAUAAUUGAUAUAGGGAUGAUAAAUAUUUCUUAGUACUAAAGCCAUGGUCCCUCCUCAUUCUUAGGUAUUUUACCCAAGAAAAAUAGAAGUUUUGUACUUGAAUUUUCAUAGCUUUAUUCUCAAUAGUCAAAAUUUAGAAACACCAAAAAUGCCCAUCAUCAGGUGAACAGAUAAACAAAUUAUAAUAUAUCCAGAGGUUAAAAUACUCCUCAGCAAUGAAAAGAUAAAUGCAACAAUGUGACUGAAUAUCAUAAACUCAUUAUGCCAAAUGAAAGAAGCACUCACUUAUGGUUAUAUUACAUGCAUGAAAAAGCAAGCAAGUCCAAACUCAUAAUGAGAGAAAACUGGGGUGAUUGCUAGGGGCUGGGGAAUUGCUUGUGAAAGGGAAAAAAAGAAUAUUUUGAGGCGACAGAAGUGUUCUAUGUAUUGAUUGUUGCAGUGAUUACCAGACGGUAUACAUUUAUCGGAAGUCAUUGAGCUUGAUACUUAAAAUCAUGGAAUUUUAUUAUGUGUAUGAUUUAUAUUUCAACAAAGCUGAUUAAAUGAAAAAAAAAAACCUCAUAGUAUUAAGCAUAUAGCAACAAAUGUUCAAAUCAACUUCAGUUUGCCUUUUACAGUAAAAAGUCCCUGUCAUAGAGAUCCUGCCAGCCUUUUUAGUUGUGUCUAGGGCUGUUAGGGUCUGGGCAUUGGGCUAAGAAAAAUUUCAGAAAAUUUCUGUGCCUAUCAGUUUUUCAUGCUCUUCAGUAAUCAUGUAUGUUUCUUAGAGAUGAUACUAUGGGGGAAAAAAACCAGAAUUUUAUCACUAUUUGAAAAUCAUUGUACUAUUCAAAGUUAAUUUCUGUUUCAAAUUUGUAUUGAUGUCUAAGUCUGUUGGAGGUCCAGGGUACACUUCUAAAUGCCUUGAACAUCCAACUGCUGCUGUCUGCACAUGUAUGUUGGUCAUCAGGGAUGGGAAUUUGGAGGGAGGAAUAUAAAUGCUUUAGAGCAAAUUUCUAACCACUACUUUGUGUCCAUCACUAUACUCUGCUUACCCACCUAUUCAACUGAGUAAUGAGAUAAAAACUUAUGGAUGUUAAAGAGCAUCAGAUGAGACUGCCAAAUAAUCUCUUUUUUUAUGAUUUAUCCUUCCACAAGUUGUUUGCUGUUACAAUUCAUCAAGGCUGGAAUCAUCUGCAGGUGUUUUACUCAUGCUUCUGUGCCUCAGCUAGGACAACUUGAAGGCCAGGCUCAGCUUGGACUAGCCCUAGUGCCUAUAGGUGGCUUAGAACAGACGUUUGGCCCAAAAGGCAGAGGCAGGUGCCUUUUGAUCUAGUUGCAGUGGGUAUGCAGUGUCACUUCCUUCACAUUCCAUUGCUUACAAAUGAGUCACUAAGACCAGCUCCCAAUUCAAUGGGGAGGGAAUUAGGCCCCAAUUCUCAAUGGAAGGAGUGUCAAGGAUUAGUGGUCAUCUUCAAAACCACCUCAUAACCUUUCACACCUAAAUCACAAAAUAAAUUCGGCAUUCCCUCCUUCAUUGUCCUGAUUGAAUCCCCUUGAGUCUACCUUUGAAAUGUUUCAUAUUUCCUGCCUCUGUCCUCUGCCACUCGGGUCCCACAUUCCCUCUCACCUGAAUGCCUGCAAUACCCUACCUGCCUGUGCUCACUCUGACUUCCUUUCUUGCCCUUCAGAAUUGCUUUACUGAAUCCCAUUAUUACUGACUUCCUCAAAUCUUCUAAGCAUCCUCUCCUCUAUAGAAAAGUUUCUAAACUCAACCUGACAUUGAGAGCAAUCCUCCAUAUGACCCCAGACCUCUCUCUUUUCAGCCUUAUCUUCUACAUUCCUUCACUGCACUUCUGCCUCAAAUUGAAUGUCACCACUCUGCAUUUUUCAGGACAUUCCCUAAGUCUCUUCCAUCUCACCUCUGCUCAGGCUGAUGCUCUCUCUGCUUGAAAUCUCUUCGUUCCCUUUAGUACAUUGUACCUUUAGUAUUACUAUCAUCACAGUCUUUAUUCAUAUAGUCAUUCAGUGUACACUGCACUUAUUUCAGAAUAUUUAAGGAAGGUCUUUCCUUAUUUAUAAAGUCUGCUACCUUAUGAAUGACCUGUUAACUUUUGUCUUCCAAUAUUGUUUUGCAAUAAUAUAGUAUCGAGCUUAAUAUUGUUUGCCUUUCUAUAGAAUUGUGUCAUUCCUAGUCUGUGAUGACAAGUUCCCAGUAUACAUUUUUGAAGAACCCAUUUAGAAAUUGUUUUCAAGGAUGUUUGUAUUAUUCCUGCCACAAGUAUUAUGUGUUUAAAUACCCACAUUUAAAGAAAGUUGGUCUUUCUUUCCAAAGAAACACUCAUGUAAAUUCCAAUUUCAUAAUAAAUCUAAAUUAAUGCUUUUAAGUUAGUGAA